UGUAUAAUAUGUCACCAUUAGAUUGUAAAAUAACACGUUAAAUUAUAAUCAGUAUUUUCAGUUUACAAUAUGUUGGUAGAUUAUAAUAUCAUGUUUGAGAUUAUAAACUAACGUAUUUUACAAUUUAACGGUAACAUAUACCUAUUCUUCCUAUUAUCUAAUCUAAUUGGCCCUCAGUUAUUAAAGAACUGCAAAUUUAGCAACCAACUGGCCUAUUCGCUAUUUUGGUCAUUAUUAUCAAGCUACUAAAAUAAACAUCAAAUCGAUUGACAAAAUGUCAUUAACCUACUGUGUGAUAUCCACAAGUACGCACCACAUAACAUUUUACAUUAUCUCAAGUUCGUAUAUGUGAACUAGCAUACAUCAAACAUAGUGAAUAAGCCUGCUAUAGCCUGCCUAUAGUAAGGGAGGAAAGUUUUUGAUUUGCUGACAUUUGACACACACAUGUACUACUUAUGUUCAAAAGACUCGAGUCUUCUAGCUCUUAUUAUUUUUAGCCCACUUGAAGGUUUAAAGACCAAAUAGCUCUUUAGCCUCGAGUCUAAAUAUGUUUAAGCGUCUUCGUUUUCAGAACUUCGAGCCCUAAUAUAAGGCUUCUCGAAAUGGCUCGCGCCUUUUCAUAAAGGCUAAAAGCCGAAAGAACCCUCGCGCAAAGCUUAUUUAAGAGUUUAGGUUUUUUUAUGGUGAAGAAAUUUUGUACACACAUUUAGUAUGAAUGAGAAUCUAUUGUUAGCUGUGUGAUGUCACUCUAAAUCAAAAUAUGGCGAAUAACCAAGAUAGCGAACAUUACGACUAUCAUUAAUGCAUUCCUACAUUAUGGGUAUCAAAUAAAAGGGCUUGCUGAGUAUACAAACUCGAAAAAUAAUGUGACAUUACUUUAAAUUUAAUAUGGUGGACUUAUGCUUGCUGAGAAUAGCUCGAUAAGUAACUACGUCACUCUAAAUCUAAAAUCGCGAACAUUAAAUUUAAUUUUGAAUUUUACUUCAGAAUCUGUUUUUGCCAUUCAUGCAAUGUCCACAUAUAAGUUUUGAACGAAAUCCAUGCAGGAAUAAGGAAUUUCAAAAGAAGAAGAAGAAAGAAAGAAAGAAAAUAAAUUUAUUCAAAUCUAAAAGUUAUAGACAGUCAGUACCAUAUCCUUAUGACAGCAUGUCUGUCUGUAACCCUUAAAAAGAAAGGGUGUACAGCUCAGCAUAUGCCGUGCACUACGUACAAGUAUAAUACACGGCGCUGAUUUUCAGCUGAGACCCGUGUGACGCCACAGCUUAUAAUUGUACAAAUAAAUUGACAUUAACUAAAUUAAAUUGAAAUAAGCAGCAAAUCCUCCUUUACUCUCUGAACCGCCAAAUUGUAUUCAUGUGGCUUAAAAGAAUAAUAGACCUGCAAAUCAUCGGCAUAUAAAUGGUAUUUACAAUUCUUAAUGUUAUCAGUAAUAUAAGAUAAAUAAAAGUGGACCUAAAAUAGAUCCUUGAGGAACACCCCUACUAACAUAUUUAGUGGAGGAACGACACUUCUUUCCAUCAUCUUGCGUUACCGCAAUGUACUGGGUUCUAUUCAUCAAAUAACUGUCAAUCCAAUUCACUGUACCGAUAUCAAAACCAUAAUAUGAUAACUUAGAAAGUAACAGUGGGAUGUUUAUACUGUCAAAUGCGCGUGACAAAACUAACAAUACUAAUAGCGUACACAUUUUUUUGUCUUGGUCCAACAAUAUAUUGUCCGUUACAUCAAGAAGAGCAGAUACUGUGCUCCUACCAGCCCUAAAACCUGAUUGCAUUUCAGGUAACAAGUUAUUACUUACAAGGUAUUUAGAGACUUGAAAAAUGGGAGCCUUAUUAAUUUUUACUUCAGGAUCUGUUUUCGCCAUUCGUGCAAUGACCAUAUAUAAAUUUUGAACGAAGUAGGUGCAGGAAAUAAACAAUUUUAAAAUGGCAGCUUUUUUGUUAAUUACAACCAGUAAUACAAACAAAUUGUUAAACACAGUAUGAAAGAAUGAAAAAAUAAUAAUAAUAAUAAAUGAUUUAUUUAGCUGAGUACACAAACAAUUUACCUAAAUAUAAAAAAGGGAAAAAAACACACAAAAACAUAAGACUAGAUUAAAAUUAAACAAAAGUUUUAGAAAGAGACCACACACCUUGAAUGGUGGCUUUGCAAACCUUGGUUCCCUGGUGUGCGGUCUCUUGUAAUUGUUAUUAAUCUAACUUAUAUACUACUAGAUACAAUAUUACAUCAGCUAAAAAGGUGGCUGCCUUGGCAUAAUGCUACAGUGUUUGCUGCAGCGCUGGUAUUCUGGCGCAACCUCAGGUGGCGUCACGACUCGAUGGGGCAACGGUUGGAUACCGAGAUGAUUAAAAGCAUAAACAUUAUAUAAAAUAUCUAAUAAUACUACAUACAAAUGCAAUUUAUAAAAUAAAACCAUAUAAAAUAAAAUAAAACGACAACCUAAAAAGAAAUUAAAUAAAAUGAAAGGUAAUUCAUUCAAAUAUGAAAGAAGGAGUUUAAAGAAAUAAAACCAAACAGUUUCACCUGUUUCAAAUUCUUGUAAAAUAUCUUAUUUUAGAUUUCGACCAUUAUUUUAAGCUUUUUUGUCGUUCUAGUAAAUAUUUUUUUACAGUUUUCUUAAAAGCAAUUAUUUUUUCUUUAAAGCAAGACUGUUUAUUAAUUUAACUAAAUUGUAAAACGUUUAUUAAUUAACUAAAGUUUUUACCAAUACAACAGAUAAUAAGCAAUAACAAUUAACUAUCGGUAAACGGAAAACACAACACUCUUGUAGCAAAAAACAUAAAGAAACAACAAAACAUAAAACUCCCCCAAGCCGAAUGGUCCUCGUGGGGGAAAAUGACCAAGACCCUCUAAAGGUAAAUAAACCCCAUUCCCACAAGGAAAAUAAAACAACAGAUUAUUAUAUAGCAACUAUAAACUGUCGAUCUCUUAGAACUCCCGAAAAACUUCAAGAACUAGAACUGUCAAUAGAAGAAUUAAAAUGGGAUAUAAUUGGAAUUAGUGAAAUGAGAAAAUUCGGAGAAGGAAUCGAAGACCAUGGAAAAUAUAUAUUGCACUAUAAAGGAGAGACGCCCGGACUAUAUGGAGUCGGAUUCAUGGUUAAAAGAAAUCUUUUAAACAACAUAGAAGAACUUAGAGGAAUAUCAGAACGUAUUGCAAUUCUUAAUAUAAAACUUCCUAUUAACGGAGAAAAAGAAGAAAAAUGGACUAUUAUUCAGGCGUAUUCGCCCACAGAAUCGGAUAAAAACGAAGACAUAACAAAAAUUGAAAAAUUCUAUAACGAUCUCCAAAGUACUAUAGAAAACGCAUAUAAAAACAUAAUUGUAAUGGGAGAUUUUAAUGGCCAAAUUGGAAAACAAAAAAACGGAGAAGAAUUCACUUUAGGACGCUAUGGAAUUGGUAACAGAAGCAAGAAUGGCACAAGACUAGUAAACUUUGCACUGGAAACCAGAUUAAGCAUUCUAAACAGCUUUUAUAAAAAGAAACCUUCAAAAAAAUGGACAUGGAUCUCACCUAAUGGACUUUACAAGAACGAAAUAGACUUUAUAAUGUCUAACAAUACAAAAGCUUUUAAGGACGUAUCAGUCAUAAAUAAUUUAAAUUUUAAUACAGACCACAGGAUGGUUCGGGCUACACUGGCAGGAACACGUUCCAAAGAAAAGAGACCAUUUCAUAAUAAAUACUCAACCAUUCAAUAUACAGGCAACACAGAAUUAUUGCUCAAUAAUCUAAAAACAUCACUAGAUAACGAGUUUAAGAACCAAGAAUCAUUACAAGAAAAAUACAACAAAUUGUUAAACCAAAUAAAAAUUGUAACUAGGAAAACAAACACGAAUGACAAAAAAGGAAUCUCACUUAAAAUCAAAGAAUUACUUGGAGAAAGGAAAAACCUUAUACGACAAGAAAAGAAAGGAAAACAAAACGACUAAAUACUAUGAAAAACUAUAUAGAAAAAACAGGAGGAAUAAAAAAGGCGAUAAAAGUAUUAAACCAAAAGAAAGAUUGGAUACCAAGUUUAAAAAAGAAUGAUGGUAAAAUCUCUGGGAAAAGAACUGAAAUACUAAAAACUGCUACUGAUUUCUACCGAAAUCUAUACCAAAGUCAAUGUGACUCACAAGUCGUAAAAACACAUCCUCCAAUAGAGGAAGAGCAAAUACCUGAAAUACUAAAAGAAGAAACUAUAAACGCUAUUAAAACACAAAAAUAUGAUAAAGCACCUGGACCAGACCUUAUCACUAACGAAAUACUAAAAACUACGCUACCAGUUAUUGCACCAAAACUUACAGAUAUAUUUAAUGAAAUUAUAAGUACAGAAGAGAUUCCAGAGGACUGGACUAAAUCGACCAUCAUUCUGUUACAUAAAAAAGGUGACAAGGAAGAUAUAACAAAUUACAGACCUAUAAGCUUAAUGUCCAAUGUUUACAAAGUAUUUUCAAAAAUAAUAUUAUCGAGAAUUAGCAAUAUCCUUGAAGAAAGUCAGCCUAAAGAACAAGCUGGAUUCCGAAGAAAUUUCUCAACUAUAGAUCACAUUCAUGCUGUCAGACAAAUCAUACAAAAAUUUAAAGAAUACAAUAAAACUUACUACCUAGGGUUUGUGGAUUUUAAUAAAGCCUUCGAUACGCUAGAGCACGCAUUUAUUUGGAAUGCCCUAGAAAUGCAAGGCGUAGCACCAAAAUACAUACGUAUUCUAAAAAACGUGUACGCAGAGGCUACAGCGCAAGUAAAGCUAGAAUCUACAGGCGACGAAUUUUUUAUUAAACGAGGUGUACGUCAAGGAGAUCCUAUCUCGCCAAAAUUAUUUACAUCCGUCCUUGAAGUUAUAUUCAGGCACCUGGAAUGGGCCGACAGAGGAAUAAAUAUAAACGGCGAACACCUGAGUCACCUACGUUUCGCAGACGAUUUAGUUUUGUUUUCAGACAAUUCGGAAAGCCUAGAAAUAAUGUUGCAACAGCUAGCGAACGAAAGUAAUAAGGCAGGUUUAAAAAUGAAUUUAACAAAAACAAAAGUUAUGUCAAAUUCUACACAAACGAAAAUAAUAAAAAUAAAUAAUGAGGAAAUAGAAUACGUAAAUGAAUACAUAUACUUAGGACAGCUAAUAUCAACCAAAGAAUGUAUGCAAAAAGAAAUAGAAAGAAGAACGGCUAAUACUUGGAAACGAUAUUGGUCAUUCAGUGAAGUCAUGAAAAAUAAAGACAUGCCUAUGAAAGAAAAAAGAAAAAUUUUCAACAUGUGUAUUUUACCAUGUUUGUUAUACGGGUGUCAAACUUGGGCAUUGACAGAACAACUGGAAAAUAAAAUAAAAAUUUGCCAGAACGGAAUAGAGAGAAGCACUAUAGGAGUCAAGAGAAAGGACCGAGUAAAAUUAAAAGACAUAAAAAGCAAAACUAAAUUUAAAAAUGCAUACACAACUUACAAACAACUAAAGUGGAGAUGGACAGGGCAUAUGAUAAGAGAAAAGAAAGAUAAAUGGACCAGGACAAUAACGGAAUGGUACCCGAGAGACAGCAAGAGAAACAGAGGCAGACAGACUAAAAGGUGGGAAGAUGAUAUUAGGAGCAUAGCGGGGCCAACAUGGUCUCGUUUAGCAAGAAACAGAAUGCCGAUAAUAAUUGUUAUUAUUAUUUACUAAAAAAAAAAAAAAUGUUGUUUUAUUUAAAGAUUUGUAUAUUAAUAAGUAAUUUGGCAAAUAGUAAAUUAAUUUUUAAAAUGUACACUGUAAACAAAACUCAGCAAUAAAGGCUUUUUUAUUUUUAUUUUUUUUAUUUUUUUUUAUUUUUUUAUUUUUUUUUUAUUUUUUUUUUAUUUUUAUUUUUAUUUAUUUCAUUUAUUUUAAAGUUUUACAUACAAGUUGCAAGGGCCCCUGCACUAGGUGUAAACUGUAUUACUGGGUGCCCCGAAAAUAUUAACUAAUAAUAAUAAUAUAAAUGGGUACAUAAAAUAUUAAAUGGCGAUAACUGCUAAUUCACUAUAAACUUUUAAAAGAACUUCAUUCCAUUAAAAAGGCUAGACUUUAUCCAGAAGUUCAGAGUCUAAACUAAAAAUACAAAAUUUUGAGCCCUAAAACAAUUUUUUAAACAAUAUUCAACAGAUUUCAAAACAUAAAACAUACUGACUAAACUAAAAAUCCAAAUAUAAGAUUAUAUUACUUUCUGCUGCAUGCAUGCUACCUAAUGAUUACUUUGAAGGCAGCACUAAACCGGUGUUGUUUUAAUUCAAGCCAUGUGAGAAUAUCAAAAAGAUUUAGGGUUUUCAGUGUUCUCUCAUGUAGCUCUUUCAGAAACGGCUUACAUUGACACGACAGUUCCCCACGGUUUCUCCAGGAUCCCAUUAUAAAAUCGGUUUAAAUCGGUCCAGACGUCUUCGAGUAGUCGCGUAAAAUACAUAAAAAAAACAUAUAAAGACUCGAAUUGAGAACCUCCUCCUUUUUUUGAAGUCGGUUAAAAAUAGGACUCGGGUUUGAAAAAAGAGCUUGCGUCUUUUUAAAGGCGAUCCAUUCGUCGAGCUCUAAAAAGUGACUCCGAGUCCGAGCUUUACGAACAUCAGGAACAGUACGUCAGUACUAGUGACGCUCUCGUG